AUGAUGGCAAACAAUAUGAAAUCUGAAACAAUGCUUAUGUCAGGUGUGACAGUCGAUUUUCCUUAUAAACCUUAUCCAUGUCAAAUAGCAAUGCUUGGACGAAUAAUAAAAGCUUUACAACAAUCAAAACAUUGUCUUCUUGAAUCACCAACAGGUACUGGAAAAACUUUAACUUUAUUAUGUGCAUCAUUAGCUUGGCAACAAAAAGAAAUCGAACAACUUCGAAUAUCUUCAUUAAAUGAAAAUACAGAUAAUGCAACAGAAUCAACAACAAAACCAACACCAAUUUCACGUAUAUUUUAUUGUACACGUACACAUAAACAACUUGAACAAGUAGCUAAACAACUUAGUAAUACAAUAUAUAAAGAUAAAAUUCGUAUGACAUUAUUAUCAUCACGUGAUAAUUAUUGUAUACAUCCAACUGUAUCUAAAGGACCAAAUAAAAAUCAUGAAUGUAUUAAAAUAACACGACCUAAUCAAGAUAAAUUUGGAGCAAAUAGAUUUAAAAGUGAAUGUGGUUAUUAUGAACGUUUAAAAGGUAAAAUAGCUAAUGAUUUUAUUCGAUCAUAUUCAAAACCAUUACCACGUGUUUUUGACAUUGAACAAUUUUCUGACUAUUGUCGAACAGCACAUGGUAUAUGUCCAUAUUAUACAAGUCGUUUAUUAAUACAUGAUGUACAAAUUAUUCUUUGUCCAUAUAAUUAUCUUAUUGAUCCACGUGUACGUAAUUCAAUGCAAAUGUCAAUAAACAAUGCGAUUAUUAUUAUUGAUGAAGCCCAUAAUAUUGAAGAUUGUGCUCGUGAAUCAAUGAAAUUUGAAAUGAGAAAAUAUGAUUUUGAACAAGCAUUACAAGAAAUAUCUAUGAAUCAAAAAGCAUUUGAAAUAGCACAAGUUAAAGUAGCUCAAUUAAUUGUAAAUGAAUCAGGUUUUUCAUCAACACAAGAACCACUUUCUUCAACACAAUUAACAGUAACACAACAACAAGCAGCACGUCGUUCAUCAGGAUAUUCUGAAUAUGAUCAAUUAAAUGAAGAACCUGAUUUACUUGAAUAUUUAAAU